GGUCUCCUUGCAGAGAUGAAGCUGCUUAUGGCCCUGGCAGGGGUUCUGGCUAUCCUUGCCCUCCCCCAGCCCUGUCAGGGCACUGCCCCAGCUUCUCCCAGGGCAGUGGAUACUUUAGUCAUACAGGACUGCAUCGCAGAGGCCAAGCUGAUGGUGGACGCAGCUUACAAUCGGACACAGAGGAGCAUCAAGCAGCGCCUUCACAGUGGCUCAGCCAGCCCCAUGGACCUCCUGUCCUACUUCAAGCAGCCAGUAGCAGCCACGCGGACAGUAGUCCGGGCUGCCGACUAUAUGCAUGUGGCCUUGGGGCUGCUGGAGAAGAAGUUCCAACCUCAGGGGUCCAGGCCCUUCAAUGUCACUGAUGUGCUCACAGAAUCCCAGUUUCGGCUGCUAUCCCAGGCCAGUGGCUGUGCUGUCCAGGACAAUGCUGAGAAGUGUGGCAACAAGUACCGCACCAUCACUGGGAGAUGCAACAAUAAGAAGAGACCCUGGCUGGGGGCCUCCAACCAGGCCCUGGCCCGUUGGCUGCCAGCCCAAUAUGAGGAUGGUCUGUCGCUCCCCUUCGGCUGGAACCCCAGAAAGAGACACAAUGGCUUUCUCCUCCCUCUUGUCCGAGCUGUCUCCAAUCAGAUUGUGCGCUUCCCCAGCCAGAGACUGGUCUCCGACAAGGGCCGGGCCCUCAUGUUCAUGCAGUGGGGCCAAUUCAUCGAUCAUGACUUGGAUUUCUCCCCAGAUUCCCCAGCCCGAGUGGCCUUCUCUGGGGGUGUCGACUGUGAGAAGACCUGUGCCCAGCUGCCCCCCUGUUUUCCCAUCAAGAUCCCACCCAAUGACCCUCGCAUCAAGAACCAGCAUGACUGUAUCCCCUUCUUCCGCUCGGCACCCGCAUGCCCCCAAAAUAAGAACAAAAUCCGCAACCAGCUCAAUGCGCUCACCUCCUUUUUGGAUGCCAGCAUGGUGUAUGGUAGUGAGGUCUCCCUUGCUCUGCGGCUCCGCAACAGGACCAACUAUCUGGGGCUGCUGGCUGUCAACCAACGCUUCCGUGACAAUGGCCGGGACCUGCUGCCCUUUGACAACCUGCAGCACGACCCUUGUCUCCUCACCAACCGCUCUGCGCAUAUCCCCUGCUUCCUGGCAGGUGACUCCCGAUCCAGUGAAACCCCCAAACUGGCGGCCAUGCACACCCUCUUUAUGCGAGAGCACAAUCGACUGGCCACUGAGCUGGAACGCCUAAACCCCAGGUGGAGUGGAGACAAGCUGUACAACGAGGCUCGGAAGAUCGUGGGGGCCAUGGUCCAGAUCAUUACCUACCGAGACUUUCUGCCCUUGGUUCUGGGCAAGGCCCGGGCCAGGAGAACACUGGGGCCCUACUGGGGGUAUUGCUCCAAUGUGGACCCCCGUGUGGCUAAUGUCUUCACUCUGGCCUUUCGUUUUGGCCACACCAUGCUCCAGCCCUUCCUGUUCCGCUUGGACAGCCAGUACCGGGCCUCAGCACCCAACUCCCACAUCCCACUUAGCUCUGCCUUCUUUGCCAGCUGGCGAGUCGUGUACGAAGGUGGCAUCGACCCCCUUCUCCGAGGCCUCAUGGCCACCCCUGCCAAGCUGAACCGUCAGGAUUCCAUGAUGGUGGAUGAGCUCCGGGAUCGGCUGUUUCGGCAAGUGAAAAGGAUUGGGCUGGAUCUGGCGGCUCUCAACAUGCAGCGCAGCCGGGACCAUGGGCUCCCAGGAUACAAUGCUUGGAGGCGCUUCUGUGGGCUCUCCCAGCCUCGGAACUUGGCACAACUCAGCCGGGUGCUGAAAAACUAUCAUUUGGCAAGGCAGUUCUUGAAACUGUAUGGGACACCAGACAACAUUGACAUCUGGAUUGGAGCCAUUGCAGAGCCCCUUUUGCCAGGGGCCCGAGUGGGGCCUCUUCUAGCCUGUAUUUUUGAGAAGCAGUUUAGAAAAGUCCGAGAUGGAGACAGGUUCUGGUGGCAGAAACGGGGUGUUUUCACCAAGAGACAGCGCAGGGCCCUGAAACGGGUUUCUCUGUCUCGAAUUGUGUGUGACAAUACCGGCAUCACCACCGUUUCGAGGAACAUCUUCAAGGCCAACAUUUACCCCCGGGGCUUUGUGAGGUGCAGCCGCAUCCCCAGGUUGAACCUGUCAGCCUGGCGAGGCAAAUGAGACCUCUGCAGG